CCCAUGGUUUGGUGCAAGUGAACCUCCCAUACGUUAUGGCAAUUGUCCAUCCUACUGUCUGCCCUCUUUCUUUCCAUCCCAUCGCUGCCCUCUUCCUGACUGGCUAGCUUUGCUAUGUUCAUGGGCUAUUCCUUACACUUUUGCUCCCACUCUCCAUAUCUCUUUCUCUCUCUCUCAGCUUUCUCUGUCUGUCUGUCUUUUUGGUCUUCCACCCCCCUCCUACUCUCAGUCCCUCGGACUCUCCACACCACCAUCAGCCCUUUUUCCAUCUGCUUCCCUCAUACUCUCUAUCCGGACCUCUCUCUGCCUCUUACUCAACUAUAUUUCCCGUCACGCUCUCAUCGCGGACCCGAGUUCGUGCCAUGUACAUAGUUUAUGAGCAUACAUCCAUCAUCUGGGUACAGCCCUGUCGGCGUGUUUGAUCCUUGUCCCCGUCUUCCAAAAGCAGUCGGGAGUAGGCCGCUCCCUGGUUCAUCGGCAUCUUACUCCCACACAUCCACAUCGACGAAC